ACAACAAAGCAUGGGCUAUGGAGGAGGAAAGCAACAGUCCGGAGCUCUCAGACUCCACAGAUUAUGAACAUUUAAAAGAGUUUUUCGGCAAAGACAGUACUGCCGCAGACGGUAGAAAUGUGACUUUUGUCUGUAAACUUUGCCCGCCCGGUUUGAAAAAGAAAGUCCGCACAUCGACGACGUCAACAGCAAACUUAAAACGGCAUAUUGAACUGAAGCACCCAGCUAGCCUGGCAAGGUUUGUGAGAGCGAAAAAAAAGGACACAACGCAGAGCCAAAACAUAGCCUCGGCCACCCAAAUCCCAUUAACAUCGUACAAAGACGGACCCUUUGUCACUGUCUCCCAGCCGCAAGUGGACAGCCUGGUGUUGCAGUACAUAGUGGGAGACCUGCAGCCGUUGAGUAAAGUGGAAAGACCAGCGUUCAUUAAGCUAGUUAAGGGGUUGCAGCCAUCCAAAACAGUGCCAUCAAGAAAGAAGGUACAGACUCUGAUGGACAAGAACUUUACAGAAAACAUAUGUGCACUUAAGACUGAACUCUCCGAGGUGGAUUCUGUGUGCACAACAGCGGAUUGUUGGUCAGCUGUCAAUAAGUCAUUUAUGGGCAUCGCUGUCCACUGGCUAGACAAAAAUGAUGUUUCUGAAAGACACUCUGCAGUACUGGCAUGCCGGCGGAUUAAAGGAUCACAUACACAUGAUGUAUUGGCACAAGUAUUGUCAGAUGUUAACAAAGAAUUCAAAAUCCACAACAAGGUUGUAUGUACAGUAACAGACAACGCUUCAAAUUUUAUCAAGGCAUUCAACUGUUUUGGGAUGGAUAUUGAUAUUGUUAACGUUGAUGAAAAUGAAGAUGACAGUGAACCAGAGUCAGCUGUUGCUACCGCCAAUGAGAGCUCAGAUGAAGAUGGCGAGAUGGAGCCUGAGCCUCUUGCAGAUCUGGAUGAUCCCACUCUCCCACCUCACAGAAGGUGCAUGGCUCACACCCUGAAUCUAGUGGCCAAAGAUACUGACAAGGUAACUGAUAAACACUACAAAGUAAUGUCGAGGGCUGUAUUUGCAAAAGCAUCUGCUCUGUGGAACAAGGUUAAGCGGAGUCCAAAGGCCUCUGAUACUGUGGAGGAAAAGCUUGGCAUUAGCUUUGUUAUGCCAAAUGACACAAGAUGGAACUCUGUUUUCCUUGCCAUGGAGCGACUGUCUCGUAUGGCAAAACUAACUACCAAAGAAGAAAAGAAUGAGGCUGAGGUCACCUCUGCAAAUGAUGCCACUCCCAGUCCCCUGCAUGAUGAGCUGAUCAUACACACUGUGAGUGAUGAGUUUGGCUUCCGUCGAUUCUCACCAGAUGAAGUCAACUUCAUACACAACUUUGUGGAUGUCAUGAGGCCUCUAGCACUUGCACUAAACAUCCUCCAAGCAGAGAAGAAGAUCUUUCUUGGGUACCUGGCUCCAACCAUUGUGCAGCUGGAUUGUGAUAUGAAAGACCUGUUGGAUGAGAGCUUAAAACCCAUGGUUGCAGAGGGUCUCGUUAUAUGUCGUCCCCUCAUAAAGAACAUCUUGCAGUCACUAAGCACAAGGCUGGAAGGUCUUCUGGAGAAAAAGGAGCACAUACUGUCCGCUAUGCUGGUGCCGAGAUUCAAGCUAGACUGGGUCCAAGAAGAGGAGAAACGUAUAGAGUACAGAUUGAUGCUGAAAAAAGAAUUUCAGACCAACUGUGAUGACUCAGAAGCAAGAGACUCGGGUCCAAUGCAGUCCAGUGGAGGUGACAAGACAGAUCCUGCAGCUUCAUUCUUUAGAUUCAACAGAAACCCCUCUCAAAAAUCUGAAGUGGACACUUAUUUGGAUGCCCCAACUACAGAUGGGUUUGAAGAAUACAAGCAGUUUCCAAGACUCAGAAGGCUGUUCAUAAAACACAACACUGCACUCCCCUCAAGCGCUCCGGUAGAGAGGCUCUUCAGCAUCGGUGGUCAAAUAUUCAGGCCCAGGAGAAACCGGCUGGGUGAUGCCAAUUUCGAGAAGCAGCUGAUAUUGAAUGCCAACACAAAGAUUUGAAGGAAGAAAGAAACAGAAGAUCCACCAGGGAGAGACCACUGUGACUGACUGACCAGUGUGACAGAGAAAACUUUUGACAUUU